AUGGACGCAAGCACACAGACUGAAGUUGGGCGAAAGAGCUUCGCCCAACAAACAGACGGAGGAAAGGGAGAAUGGGUGAAAGAGGAUAAGGAGGUGGAGAUAGUGAGGGAGAUAAAGGGAAGGAAGGAUGAGGAAGACGUCGCCAUUAUUGCGGUGUUUUGCCCAAUUGCGUCGAAUAAAAAGACGAGGGAUGUGAAGACGCAAACCGCGUCUUCAACAAAGGAAAAGGGGAUGCAGACGGAAUGGAUGCUCCACGUGAUUGAGGUGGAAGAAUCACGGAGGUCGAAUCGGGACCUACUCCUUCGAUACAUCCAACGCCAGUGGGAUUUGAUCGAAGUGAGGGAGGCAUUUAAAGUGCCGGCCAUCCUUUCACCCAUAAGGGAAGUUGAGGACAAGGGGGAAGAAUGGAAGAAAUGGGGACCAGGAGAGUUUGUAUGGAUUGAGGACGACAAGGAGAACGACAAGAACAACGACAACGAAAAAAAGAAGGAGGAGACAAAGAAAAAAGACAAAGAAAACACAGGAGAAAAAGUUAACAACAAGGAUGUGAACGAGAAGAAGAGAAAAAGAAACGAAAACAAUGGACAACAAGAAACAAAGAGGAUAAAGGAGGAGGCAGAAAGAAAAGACAAGGAGAACAUAGAAAACAAGAAUGACAACAACGAAAACAAGAGGAAAAGGACAAGCAAUGACGGGGAAAAGCAAGUAAAGAAAAUAAAAAAGGGAGACGAAGAAGACAAUGACAACGAAAUCAACAACGAAAAGAAGGGAAAGAAAAAUGAUAACAAUGGACAACAAAGCACAAGAAAAGUAAAAGAGGAAGAUCUGCAAACGUUGGAAGGGACAAGAUGGCUGAACGACGAGAUCAUCAAUUCAUAUUUUGAUUUGAUCAGCAAGGAGAGAACUUUCGGACAACGGGUAUACGCGAUGAGUUCAUUUUUCUUCCCAAGACUGCAUCUGAAUGGCUAUGAGGCAGUGAGAAGAUGGACGAAGAAGAUUAACAUCUUCAAAUAUGACAAGGUGCUUGUUCCCGUGCAUUUGGGAAACCAUUGGUGCCUCGCCAUCAUCAAUUUCGAAAAUAAAACCAUCAUUUAUUAUGAUAGUUUUAAAGGAAAAAAUCCCAGAUAUUUGGAGACUCUUCUCCAAUAUUUAAUCAAGGAAGCAGGGCAAAAAGAAGAGAAGCCGAUAAUCAAGGAAGAAUGGCAUCUGGCAACGAAACAAGACAUCCCUCGCCAAACAAACGGGUACGAUUGUGGAGUAUUCGUUUGCAUGUACGCCCGAAACGAGAUCUUCGGAGGAGAAAUGGAUUUCACCCAGAACGAUAUGCCUCAAGUGAGACAGAGAAUGAUGCGAGAAUUGCAGGCAGGAAAUAUUGAAAUAUAA